AUGGCCGCCGUCGUCCCGGAGCCGCUCCGGGAGGCGCCAGACGACGUCGUGGACCAGAUCCUGCUCCGCCUGCCGUGCUCCUCCUCCCUCGUGCGCGCCGCCGCGGCCUGCUCAUCCUUCCGCCUCCUCGUCUCCUCCCCGAGCUUCCUCCGCCGCCACCGCGCGCUCCACCCUGACGAGUCCGGACCCUUCCUCGGCGUCUUCUCCUCCGUCCCCACGUCCGGCAAGCCAGGAGGCACCUUCCACCCCGCCGGCCCGCCCCAUCCGGCCGCAGCGGCCGCCCGCGCCGUCGCCGGCGCCGCAGACUUCUCCUUCGCCUUCCUCCCGGGGCCGCCCGAUGCCGACGCCGGCGCCGAAUCCCAGCCCGGAUGGCUCGUCCGGGACUACCGCGACGGACGCUUCCUCCUCGACCGCGCGCCCUCCUCCGACGCCAUCGUCACGGAUCUCGCCGUGUGCGACCCCGUGUCCCGCCGCUACGUCCUGCUCCCGCCCAUCCCGGAGGAUCUCGCCGCGACCGCCGACAACCCGCUCGGCGUCCUCGGCGGCCGGCGCUGGUGCGAGCCCUUCCUCGCACCCGCCCCCGCGCCCGGCGACGCCGAGGACGAUUCCGAGGAGCCCGCGUUCGCCGUGAUCUGGACGGCGCGGUGCCCAAGAAGGGUGGUGGCCCUCGCCUUCUCGUCGCGGGACGGGGCGUGGCGCGCGCUCCCGUCGCCGGACUGCUUCGUCUGGAGAAGCCGCCGCUCGGUCUUCGCGUGCCCCGUGCACGCCGUCUGGAACCGGCGCCACUACGCGCACGGCCGCUUCUACUGGGUCGACUGCCUCACCAACCGUUGGCUGGUGCUCGACACGGCCGCCAUGGAGCUCACCGUCCAGGAGAUCCAGUCGCCGUCCAGAUUCUGGGAGGAGAACGUGGCCGUCGUCGAAGGCCCCGACGGCAAGGUCGGGGUGUUCGCGCACGAGUUCUACCACGCCGACGGCAACGCCAGCCUCAACUACUACACCAUCUCGCGCGACGACGACGACAACACGCAGUCGUGGCAGCUGGAGAGGACGAUCCCGCUGCCAUGGUCGACAAAGCAUGGCCGGCCUUACUGCCUUCGCGGCGCGGCCAACGGGUGCUUGGUCAUUGAAGUCGGCCAAGACUCACCACGGCCGUUCAUGUCCAGCAACUAUAGCCGGGACGUCGAGCUGUUCACGAUCGAUGUCAAGCAUUUCCAGCUGGAGAGAGUCUGCCGGGCGCGCUGCUCUGGGGGCGUCAGCGACGGCUGGUGGCCAUACUUCAGCUUCCCGCCAUUGCUGAGCUUGCCAACUGUUUGAGUUGCUUCACCAACUACUCCAGGAUAGUAGAUCCCAAAUGUUAACCUGGAGCAGCAUCUUGCAAGUCUGGAAGAUAGUGUAAUCGUGUGUGACACAUAAAUGUAACAUACUUGCAACAGUUUUGUAUGGGUCUUGGCCACCAGAACUUUUAGAAAUACAAAGCAAGAAUACACAGUUCAGUACAUCAAA